GACGGGUUAAGGAAGGCAAAGAUUAGUGUGUAUUUCUCUGCGCUUUCUUCUUUGUUUCCUUCCCCAUUUCUCUGAGGCUUGUCAAUGAGAAAGCCAAUAUUCUUUUCUUCUGUAGUUUUCUCCGUGUUCCUAUUUCUUUUCCCUUUUCUUGUAUAAAGUGCUAUUAGUUUAAUCAAAACCCACCAAACUAUAUAAUGAAUGAAAGCAAAGAGAGUUCAUAGUUUACUAAUCUUCAUCAUUUCUUGAGAUUCUGAAUUUCUUGACUAGUGGGUGUUCAAGAGUCUCUCCAUUUUUCUCUCUUUCUCUCUCUAACUGGGUUGUUUGGACUUUGGGGGUAUUAUCUGAUGGGCAACUGCUUGGGUUCUUCAGCUAGAGUAGAUGCAAGCUUGAGCUCCCUCACCACUUCUGCUUCAGAAGCCUCAAGAAUUGCCAGCAAAACCAGCAGCUCUUUACCUCGUUCCACCUUGACCAUUCCAUCUUACAAAGAAAAAAGCAGUCCUAGGAGUCUUCCCACUCCAAGAUCGGAAAGUGAAAUACUGUCAUCCCCAAAUGUUAAAUCCUUUUCGUUCAAUGAAUUAAGAAAUGCGACCAGAAACUUCCGUCCUGACAGUCUUCUUGGCGAAGGAGGAUUUGGUUGCGUUUUCAAAGGAUGGAUUGAUGAACAUACACUUACUGCUGCAAAGCCUGGAUCUGGAAUGGUCAUUGCUGUCAAGAAGCUUAAACCUGAAGGUUUUCAAGGGCAUAAGGAGUGGUUGACUGAAGUUAAUUAUCUUGGGCAACUUCACCAUCCAAAUUUGGUAAAACUUAUUGGUUAUUGCUCAGAGGGUGACAACAGGCUGUUGGUGUAUGAGUUCAUGCCUAAAGGCAGCUUGGAGAAUCAUCUUUUCAGGAGAGGGCCUCAGCCACUUUCUUGGGCAACAAGGAUCAAAGUGGCCAUCGGUGCAGCUAGAGGCCUCUCUUUCCUGCAUGAUGCUGAAGAACCAGUCAUAUAUCGUGAUUUCAAAGCUGCUAAUAUCCUCCUAGAUGCGCCUAGGAUGCAGGAAUUCAAUGCAAAGCUAUCUGAUUUUGGUUUGGCCAAGGCUGGGCCUACUGGUGAUAGGACUCAUGUGUCCACUCAAGUAAUGGGCACACAUGGCUAUGCAGCACCAGAAUAUGUAGCCACAGGUCGAUUGACAGCAAAAAGUGAUGUCUACAGCUUUGGGGUUGUUUUGCUAGAACUAUUGUCUGGACGACGUGCUAUUGAUAAAUCAAAAGUUGGUAUAGAGCAGAAUCUUGUGGAUUGGGCAAAUCCAUAUUUGGGUAGCAAACGAAAAGUUUUUCGGAUUAUGGACACCAAGUUGGAAGGCCAGUACCCCCAGAAAGGAGCCCAUAUGGCUGCUACACUUGCUUUGCACUGCCUAAGUACCGAACCUAAGGUCAGGCCACGGAUGGCUCAGGUGUUAACGAUACUAGAACAGCUUCAAGCCCCCAAUCCAGCCAAAGACUCCCAACCAGCACAUCAGACUGUUUACAGUCCUGCCUGCAAGUCACCUUUGGGCCAACACAGAUCACCUCUGAAUCUGACACCGUCAGUUUCCCCCUUGCCAUCACACCGGCAAUGUCCACGUGUACGAUGA